AAGGGAGGCGCCGCUGGGCGCGGCGUGGCGCGGCUCCGAGACCCGCGGGAGAGCACCGCCUCCUCCCCGCCCCGCCUGCUGAUGGAAGUGACGACAGCAGCCGAAGAGGUCACUUCCUGCUGGGGUGGAUGAGGAGGAGCCGGAGACGCCGCGGAGGAGACCGGACCGAAGACGGACCUUGCCGGGGAGAGCAGGAGGGUGAAAAUGAAAGCAGGCUGUAGCAUCGUGGAAAAGCCAGAAGGAGGUGGAGGCUAUCAGUUUCCUGAUUGGGCCUAUAAAACAGAGUCAUCCCCGGGCUCCCGACAGAUCCAGCUGUGGCACUUCAUCCUGGAGUUGCUGCAAAAGGAAGAGUUCCGCCAUGUCAUUGCCUGGCAGCAGGGAGAGUACGGGGAGUUUGUCAUCAAGGAUCCAGACGAGGUGGCCCGCCUCUGGGGCCGCAGGAAGUGCAAACCACAGAUGAACUAUGACAAGCUGAGCCGGGCCCUCAGAUACUAUUACAAUAAGAGGAUCCUUCAUAAAACAAAAGGGAAAAGGUUUACUUACAAAUUUAACUUCAACAAGCUGGUGACGCCCAACUACCCGUUCAUCAACAUUCGAUCAAGUGGUGUGGUUCCCCAGAGUGCACCACCAGUUCCAACAGCCUCUUCCCGGUUCCAUUUCCCACCUCUGGACACUCAUUCUCCAACUAGUGAUGUGCAGCCGGGGCGGUUCUCUACUAGCUCCCUAACUACUUCUGGCCAGGAGUUGAGUAAUGGCACUGAUAGAAAGGUGGAGCUUUCAGAGCUGGAGGAUGGCUCAGCCGCUGACUGGCGCCGGGGCGUGGAUCUUAUGUCCUCCCGGAAUGCUGUCGGUGGAGGAGGGAUUGGCCAUCAGAAACGCAAGCCCGACAUCAUGCUUCCUCUGUUCACUAGGCCAGGGAUCUACCCUGACCCCCACAGUCCCUUCGCUGUCUCUCCAAUCCCUGGCCGAGGAGGUGUCCUUAAUGUUCCCAUUUCACCAGCCCUCUCCCUGACUCCCACUAUCUUCUCGUAUAGCCCAUCACCAGGCCUGAGCCCUUUCACCAGCAGCAGUUGCUUUUCCUUCAACCCUGAGGAAAUGAAACACUACCUUCAUUCUCAAGCCUGUUCUGUGUUCAACUACCAUCUGAGUCCCCGGACAUUUCCCCGUUACCCAGGGCUCAUGGUUCCACCACUGCAGUGCCAAAUGCAUCCUGAGGAGUCAACCCAAUUUUCUAUCAAGCUGCAGCCCCCACCAGUUGGGCGGAAGAACCGAGAGAGGGUAGAGAGCAGGGAGGAGUCAGCACCUGUUACUGCUUCCACCAUGGCUCCUGUCCCCCCAAGAAUUAAGGUAGAGCCAGCCUCUGAAAAGGAUCCUGAGAGUCUCAGGCAGUCAGCCCAAGAGAAGGAGGAACACUCUCAAGAAGAGGGCACUGUGCCAAGCAGGACCAUAGAGGAGGAAAAAGGCACCAUCUUUGCCCGCCCAGAGGCACCACCUAUCUGGCCCUCUGUACCCAUUAGCACCCCAAGUGAAGAACCCCUAGAGGUGACUGAAGACAGUGAAGACAGGCCUGGCAAAGAGCCCAGUGUACCUGAGAAGAAAGAAGAUGCCCUGAUGCCCCCCAAGCUUCGAUUGAAGCGGCGCUGGAAUGACGACCCUGAAGCCCGAGAGCUGAGAAAGGAUGGCAAGUUCCUCUGGAAUGGGUCAGGACCACGGGGCUUGGCAACGGCAGCUGCUGAUGCUUAGAAUUGGAAGUGGAUUGGGAGCUGUUUAUACUAUAAUCACACACAUGUAUUUAUGUAGCAAGAUUUGGGGGGGAGGGGGGUUAGACUGGUUUGAUCAUUCUAGGGGCAUAGACUUGUAUUUUUAUGUUUUGGGGAUGGGAUUGGGAAUCUUCUGUUGUAAAUUAGGUGGGAUAUGAACACACUUCUUUCCCUGGUGAGUAGGACACGGGAAGGGUAUUGAACUGAAAGGAGAAAGGGCCUCUAUUUCUUGUUGAGGCUAAUACUUUCUGACAAGCUCCCAAAGGGCCAAGACACUGUUUUGGCCCCAUGAUGUUCAGGUUCCAAACUUCUUUCUUUUCUACUGUAUUUAUAUAUAGGAAAGCCAUUAAUGAAUUUAUUUUGCUCUGAGAGUUACAUAUAAAAGGGGAAAGGGCAUGGUUGGGAGGUUGAGCAGUGAGAGACCAUUAAUACUCAGUAUUUGCCUGAGAUGUUUCUUUGUAAUUAUUUCAGGGGGAGACAGAUAAUCUCAGUCUUACUGGGUGGGAGGGUUGGGGUGUUCAGAGGUUGCUUUUUUUCUUUGUUGUUUGGCAUUUUUUCCUUUUCCUCUAAAAAAUAUUUUCAUGAAACAUACUGCCAAUUAGAGUGGAGCAGGCACUGAGCCUGGCUGCAUGGUUGAGACAGGAAGCCCUGCUGUGAAUUUCUUGGACUUUUCACCUUCACCUGUUAAGAAGCCAUGAAGAGUUGCAAACUCUUGUUCAGGGAGGAAAGAAGAGGCAGGAAGUAACCCAAUGCCUUUAAAAACAAAACCCAACAAAAAUGACUUUAAUUUUUCCUUUUCCAUCGUGGGUUUGGGGAGCCAAACCAGAGUGUGACUGUAGCGAGUUCACUGAGAAGCAUGACACUGGUGAAGAUAUAUUUUUGUUGUGUCUGGUUCUCAUCAUUUUAAGUCAAGCCUUAACGAACAUACUUUAACAUGAUACGGGUCUGUCAAAAUAAACCUGUAAAAGGGUAUGAACAACUUUUCAGAUAAUCCAAGAAUUCUGAGGCAUGGUUAAAUUUUGAGCUAGUAUUAGUCAUCCCCUCUUGAUGUUACUGGCAUGGAUAGCAAAAGGGCAAGAUUGUGGGAGUUAAAGACAGGUGACACCUGGGAAUGCAAAAGGAAGCCAGGGUUCAAGUGGAUGUUUGUUGAACCUGAAGGAACAGGAGACAGAAGGCAACCAAAUGCCAAAAAGCCUGGUAUGAAUGAAAGUUCAUGUCUGUCCCAUUGUGGCGUUGCCAUUCUUGCCAUACCCAUUUCCCUAGACUAUUAUGACAUUCAUGAUCAAUUGACUAUCCUAUGUGAGACUGCAGCUAACAGACAGGGAUUGUUUUUUCAUGGAAAACUCCCUUUCAUCAAUUUCAAAGGAUUGGGAAAGUAUGAUCUAGGAAGGAAAAGGAACCUGAACUAAGGGCAGAGAGAGAAGCCACAGCCAACUCUGUGUGUGUGUGCACAUAUACCUAUGAGUUGUGUGGGAAUACCUAACCGUGGCCCAGAUCCACCUGGCAGCAGGGCAACAGGGGGAGAAGUUUUAACUCCGUACCUGAUAGGGGCACAGGGAUGCUGUCUAGGAAUGGAGAAAUUCCUGACUACCUUAGCCGAAGUGAACUCUAUGCUAAGAAGCAUUGGAGGGCUGUCUUUUAAUGUUGGAGGUGGGUGUUCUUUUUUAAACUGGAGAGCAUGCAUGAGAGAAGGGUUCAGGAAAGGUUAGAGCAGGUGAGUGAGUUAGGUGGCUUGGGAUGACUUGAGUCCAUCGGGUUUUUUUUGGCAAGUGUUCUCCUUGUUUAAUUCAGAUUCCAUGAGUGACUUGUCUUUCCCUGGGAAAGGGACUGACAGAGCAGGCCCUUAGGGACUCAGGCUUUGGUCACGCUGCAAAGGGUGCCUUUGGUUGGUUAUGUUUUUGUCAGUUUCUUUCUCUGCGCCUCAACUUACCUCAUCAGAAAGCAAGCCCGGGCACAUGGAGGAGGGAUGUCUUGUCAUUGCCCGACCUAACCAGGGAGGCUGGCUGGCCACCCUCUCUGUCCACUAGAGGGGAGGGCCAGCAGGUGUCGGUAUUAACUCAGGAAUAGAAACAUGAGGCCUUUAAAAUAAGAGGGAGAGAAACCGUGAUGCAUACCUGUAACCCCCUAGAACCCAAGUGCCAGAAUUAAUUCCUAGAUGCUGCUUUUGUUUGAACAAAAAGUCACUGCUUUUACACUUGAAAAAAACACUCAAAAAAUGUUCAAUUCCAUGAAAAUGUUUUUGGCUUUAAGAAGUUAUUUGGUGUUUAGCUCUUUUGUUGAUUGCCAUUCCACCAGUAAAUUGUUGGUCAAUUUGCACUGCACACUGGGGUUGGGGUGGAGGGGAGGGUCCUUUAUACAGAGCCGAACUUGGGCUUGCUCAGGAAGUGGACCAGGGAAUGUGGAGGUGGGUCAUUCCUGGGGUAAAGGGGUGGGAGUUAGUUUUUCUCCCCCCAGCCUGCGCCUGGCAGCACCUGGCACAAAGCCAGUCUUGUCUUUUCUGUGAGCAUCUUAUCACUGUCCAACAGCAGGUAGAAAAAAGGGGGACAAAACCAGACCUAUUUUCUCCCCCAGUUUUUCUGAAUUUUGCUGUGCCAAAUGCUUAAAACUUUACAAAUUAAAUCUUGAAAUUUUAUUAAUCAAGAACUUGUUCGCGCAGUUUGCUUUUUUGACUAUUGAAAAAAAGAAAAUAGUAGAGGUCAAUCUUAAGAGCAUCCAGCCUUGCUGAGCACUUUUUUUUUUUUUUAAGAGAAUAGCUAUGAGUGAACUGUAAA